AUGAGACUAAAGAACGGACCAAUCAGGACUCUUCUCUGUCUGAAGGUGUGAAAACAUAAAACCAAUAGAAAAUAACUUUAUUUUGAUGAGGAAAAGUUUGAACAUGUCGUGCUGCUCCUCAUCCUGGAAUGUAGAAAAGACUGAUAACUCCUCCCUGUGUUGUGUAACGACAACAAACCUUUUAAAGACGCUCACAGGACAGUCACAGACACAGUCGGGCUUCGUCUCUCAGAGGUGAAAUGGCGCAGAAAGGAGUUCAGCUGGACCGGGAGAGUUUCUCUUGUUCGAUCUGUCUGGAUCUACUGAAGGAUCCGGUGAGUCUUUCCUGUGGACACAACUACUGCAUGAAGUGUAUUAACAGCCACUGGGAUGGAGAGGAUCAGAAACCGGUCUACAGCUGCCCUCAGUGCAGGAAGAACUUCAAACCGAGGCCCAAACUGGAGAAAAACACCAUGUUAGCAGAAUUAGUGGAGCAGCUCAAGAAGACUGGACUCCCAGCUGCAGCAGAAAGGAGCGAGAGGCAGAAAGAGCUGGAGGUGAGUCGACUCAACAUCCAGCAGAGAAUCCAGGACAAAGAGAAAGAUGUGAAGCUGCUUCAACAGGAGCUGGAGGCCAUCAAUCUCUCUGCUGAUAAAGUAGUGGAGGACAGUGAGAAGAUGUUCACUGAGCUGAUCCGUCUCAUGCAGAAAAGAAGCUCUGAGGUGAAGCGGCAGGUCAGAUCCCAGCAGGAAACUGAAGUGAGUGGAGUCAAAGAGGUGGAGGAGAAGCUGCAGCAGGAGAUCAGAGAGCUGAAGAGGAAAGACGCUGAACUGAAGAAGCUCUCAAACACAGAGGACCACAACCAGUUUCUCCACAGCUACCCCUCACUGUCAGCACUCAGCCCGUCCACAUCCAGCAUCCAGAUCCGUCCUCGCCGCCGCUUUGACCACGUGACAGCGGCCGUGUCACGAGUCAGAGACGAACUGCAGGACGUCCUGAGAGACAAAUGGACAGACGUCUCACUGACUGAAGUGGAUGUUUUACUGCCGGCAGCAGAGCCAAAGACCAGAGCUGAGUUCUUACAGUAUUCACGAGAAAUCACUCUGGAUCCAAACACAGCACACACACAUCUGUUAUUAUCUGAAGGGAACAGGAAAGUUACAGUAACGAGAAAACAACAGUCUUAUUCUGAUCAUCCAGACAGAUUCACUCAUCAACAGCAGGUCCUGAGUAGAGAGAGUCUGACUGGACGUUGUUACUGGGAGGUGGAGUGGAGCGGGAUAGUUCAUGUAGCAGUCUCAUACAAGAACAUCAGCAGAGCAGGGAGGUCAGAUGACUGUCUGUUUGGAUCUAAUAACAAAUCUUGUGCGUUAGAAUGUACCAAUAACCGUUAUAACUUUCAGUACAACAAAGUCCAAACUCCCUUCAAAGGUCCUGGGUCCUCCAGAGUGGGAGUGUACCUGGAUCACAGUGCAGGUAUUCUGUCCUUCUACAGCGUCUCUGAAACCAUGACCCUCCUCCACAGAGUCCAGACCACGUUCACUCAGCCGCUCCACGCUGGAGUUGGUCUUUGGUUUGGAGGCUCUGCUGAGUUCUGUAAAGUGAAAUAAUCAGAAGUGAUGUAAAGAGCAGCAGGUUAAACUCUUCAGAUUUCAGGUUAAAUUUAAAUGUUGUUCUUCUUUCAGACUGGUGGAAAGAGAACAUGUUUCUUUAACUUCACUUUGUUUAUUUGCGUCUGUAGAUUUCUCCUAAAUUCACCAAAAGUUAACGUUAGAUAACGCCUCAUUUACAUAUUUCAACAGAAAACUUCUAACACAAACAAUAAUUGUGUUUGACUUUUGUGUUCAGUUUUUAAAAAAAAAAGUAUGUUAUCAUCUUUUCUUUAGAUUUAAAUUUAAAAGCACGCAUAAAAUGAUUUAAUGUAAAAAUUACAAAUAAAAAAUAUUAUUCUGACCUAAAAU